ACUACGAUUGAUUUUCCUCUUCAUUUUCGAUUAGAUUUUUCUCGCGAUGGAUGACGAAAACCGAGAGUAAAAUUGCUGUUGCACAAUAUUGAUCUUCAGUUCUUCCAGUUAGAGUUGAAAAUAGCCUAAUAGAACAGAAGUUGCAUUCGUUGCUGGCUACCAAUCGGACUGAGUAUUAAAUGCGUUAAAUAUUAAUCAAAGCUGUGUUACUCUGUGAAUAAUAUAGUUAUAAUUAUCGGAAAAAAACUAAGUAAAUGACGGGAAGUUUCAGAGUUCAGCUCGUGAACAUGGGCACGAGAGGAGCUGCGUUUCAAGCUAAAUUGCGUUGUCUGCAUGAGUAUCACGUACGUCUUCUCAGCAACCAAGUACCGACACCAUCAGGUUCCGAUAUUGGGAAUACAAUUAAAUAUUUUUCUCAGACAUUACUAACUGUAUUGAAGGAUGUACCUUGCUCGCCUCUGGAAAUGAUCAAAGACCCAACCUUGGAUCAAGCUAGAAUGUCCAGCUACCCAAAUCUAGAAUACCAGAAUUUGUACAACGCGUUAACCAUGCUUCUGGAUGUUGCAUCGAGCAUUCAAAGUGGAUUAACAACAUUCGGAAAGGCUCUCUUACAAUGUUUUGGUUGCAUUUUACCUUUCCUGGACCGGGAUCUCAUUGACAAUCUACCAUAUCUCGCAGCAUCGAGUAUUUCUGUACUCCCACCAUCAUUGCAUCAAGACAUUAUAAAUUACCUUUGUUAUUACAUUUUACCGUUCACUAUAACCCGCCAAAGCGAUGAUGAUCAGGAAUGCCAUGCAUGUCAGUCCGUUUCCGCUGUCAUCAUGCUAGUAUUUCAGUAUUCAGACAAUCCUGCUCACCAUUGUCAAUUACUGGAAUGUCUGAUGAGACUAAAACACAAUGUUGUGAAAGAUCUACUAUGCGUUAUCGCUUAUGGUACAUCCGCUAGCAGAGCAUCCGCUGCGAAGCUGCUGUUCUAUUACUGGCCCGCUUUUGAUCCGAAUUUGUUUGAUCGUAAAGGACUUUUAUGCAAAUUCACAAAUAAUCUAGUGCCAUUUGUUUGCCAACGAGAAUCUUGUCCCAAUGCGGGUAAUGCAGAAGCCGUAAAAGUAUGCUACAAUCAUCGCAUAAGCAUAUUGUAUGCAGUCGAUUCGCCACCGCCUUUGUACCUUUGCAUAGAAUGUGCCAAUGAAAUACAUAGAGAUCACCCCGAUCUCUCGUUUGGUGAUAUUUUACAUCCAAUGCAGCAAGUAUCAAUGAUAUGCGAAAACAAGAAUUGUAGAUCAAUGGAUAAAUCGGCCAUAUCAAUGUGUUUUUCUAGCGAGUGUGCUAGCUACAAUGGCAAUCAUCCUAUCAGAUACUGUGCUCAAUGUCACGGAAAUCGCCACAAUAGUAGACGUGGUAUUGAUCACAUUGUUCAUCGAAUCUUACCUCCCAUGAUGAUGAUGGACGCAGAAAUGCAAACGUACAUGGUUGAAGCAGUUAUAAGUCUACUAAGAGAAGCUAAACCAUUGAGCUUAGAAUAUGGACGAGAAUCAUCUAGUGAUGCAAGAAAUAGCGCGACCAAUGGUGCUCAUGACAUAUUGACAUUAGAGAAUCGACAAUUGCUCGGACGCUAUGGAAUAUGGUUACUAGUGGGUAGGUGUAAACCUACAGCUGAUACUCCAGUGGAAGUUCUUGGUCGUUUGCUGUCAAUGCUAUUUCACUGGUUCCACGUGACCGCGUAUUCUUACGAUGGAAGAGAUGAAAGCUCAUUGGAGAAACUAAAACUCGAUCACAUAUGUGGGUGGCUAAAAGAAGUCUGUUCUAGUCAUUACAAAGAAUUUAUCGACUGUCUUCUACCACAUCCUCCUGAACAUUCGAGAGUUGGAGGGCACUGGGAUACAUUAGCCUCUAGAACAUCACAUUUAAAAGAGGGCUUACAGCGAUUAAUCUGUCUAAUACCAUAUGAAAUCAUUACACAGCAGAUCUGGGAUACCGUUAUGCCACACUGGAUGGAAGCAAUUACGAAUGAUGUACCAGAAAGGGAGUUAUCUGAGUUAAAAAUUGUUCUCAGCAAAAUGUUAGAUCCAGAGAUGUCGCCACUUGGCUUUGAUGCGAAGUCUAUGUAUAACUUCGUGACGAUUCGUUUUGAAAAAACUACGGCGAAGGUACAGCAGCAAGCAUUACACUGGUUGCAGAAUUUAACAAAGCUAGAAAUUUUGAUUCCAUUAUCUCAAUUGUUUGCAAUGUUUGGAGAUGGAGUGCGUAUAAUGAAACAUGGAAUUCAAGCUGAGUACCAUAAAGAUAAGGAUGAAAAAAUCGGAGGAUCUAAAAUAGCCAAAGAACGAGAUAUUACACAACCCAGAAGAAGCUCAAUAUCACCGGUUGUGGAAGACGAUUCUGGCAAUACAUCCGCUAUUUCGGAUGACGAAGCACCGAUUUCGCGGCAUACAGAAUUUGCAAGCGACGCGGAACAUAAUCUCACCUGUUGUAUACUGAUGUUGGAUAUAUUACUUAAACAGAUGCAAUUACAAGAAAUCGAACAAUACAGCGGCAUUUAUACAUCACUAUCCGACAAUGUUUGUCGUUUACUCAAAUGCAUGGUUACGGCUGCUAAGGUUGGAUUGGGAAGUCACACAUGCUCAUCGAAGGAGUGUGGUUAUUGUGAAGCAUCUGUGAUGUGGCACCAAUUGUCAACGAAACUUGUCCAAUACUUGGCACCGCUGGAACCUAUCCGACCACCUGAUUCCCCCUUAAAAGAAGUUCUCGACGACGAAAAACCGUCGAGAAAAAGCCCUCCGGAAUCAGAGAAGGAGAGCAAAAAUCGUGACCGUGACGUCUCUCUCUCGAUGGCUCCAUUACCCAUACCAUUAGGACCGUUAGUUGUACCGUCUAUUUUAGACGACGUUGGAAAAAUUAUAAUUAUGGCAGGUCCUGUUCCAGUUGCGGUUCCUCAACCUGAACCUCAUUCGGUUGGUGGCGUAUUAGUGCAUAUGCCGCAUGUUUGUUCUAUAAUGACAGCCACUGUAGAGACUGUUUCCGAGCAGCUUGAUUUGGCAGCGAUCAUUCCUUCUGAAAAAGUUGUGACAGCCGUAGCACGGUCAGUCACUCUUUCGGAUGCGGAUGUCGCUACAGCUACCGUACAGAUUGCAAAGCCCACUAUUGUCGACGAUAACAAUGAUGAAUUGAAGGAAUCUGUAGAAACCGAUUCACACUACAAUGCAGACGAAGGCGACGACUUCUGGCACACAUCGGUUGGAAAAUUCAAAUUUUCAAUAGACAGCUUACCACAAUCUUUGCAGUAUAUAUACCAGUUAUUAAAAGAAAUUCCCACUAUAGAACAACCAGAUAUUAUGUUCUACACGUUACAAUGUCUGAAAGUUAUGAUAUUACAUGGAGAUGCGUUCACCAAAGCUGCUCGUGAUGAUCGUGGCUUCUUUAUUUGGUGUCAAGAAAACUUACUGAUAAAAAAUUUCUGGGAAAUUUGCAAUGCUAAACAUUCCCAUAUAUGUGAGGUGGCUGUACCAAUUUUGUUGCAUUGUAUCACACUGCCUCUUGGUUCUGACGUCUUCUGGAAGGUGGUUCAGGAUGGUUUCAAUGAUAGUGAUUGGCGUGUGAGGUUUCAAGCAGUAGAACGUGUAACAGUUAUUACCAGGUUCAUGGAUUCCACACCGCUUCGCUCAGAGAUUAAUCUACAAGCUUCCCUCGCAGCUGCAUUCUGUCAUCUUAUCGCCGCAUGUGAUGAUCUGAACGUACAUGUAGCGCAACGCGCGACGUUAUACUUGGGCACAAUACAUGACAAAGCUAUUCAUGCAUUACUAUAUUGCUUGGAAUCUCAAUUCGAUAUGUUCAUUGUCGACAGACCAGUCGUACUACAAUCAGUCUAUCAAUUACAUAAUAUGCUUUCUGAUCGGAAAGUAUUGACAUGGGAAUUUUUCCUCAAUCGUUUCGACACAUUGUUCGUGGAAGCACAACUAAAUCUAGAGAAAAAUGGUGACAUUUCCCAUUUACGUGAUCUCCGAAACUCUGAAAAUGGUAGCGAAAUUUUGUCAACUAAAAUUAAUAAAGCUAGAGAAGCAUUAAGUCAGUCAGACACAUCAUGUGCAAUGUCGAAAACAUUAAGUGCAUCGUUUGGAACCAAAUGGCCAUAUAAGCGUACGAUGUCAGCUCCAGCAACGAUAAUGCCAAGACAAGAAUCUAGAGCAGAGAAGGAAAAAAUCUACAGCCGUCAAACGUCAGCACCAAUUUUGAAAAGGAAGAGUUCACGUUUCGGAUUAGAUGGUCAUAUUCAUUCAAUCGGAGGACAAGGCGAUGAUUUGAAUAUGUCGGGAAGCCUUUACCGUGUAAUAGACUUAGAAGAAGCAGAUAAGGAAACGAUUCAUCUGUUAGUUUUUCUAUUGAUGCAAUUUAUGUCACGUGCAGAUCUCGCUUAUCCAACUGAUGAAAAACCAACGGUCAAACAGCAAUUUAUUGUCCUACGUCAUCUUUAUCUUCUUCUUGGAUACAAUCAAACUGAAAAGAUUUUCCACAUCCCUCCUGCAAGAUUACGAACCUCCCCUGUAUUCAAUUCGUUUAUUGCCAAUUUACCACAAGUUUUAGAUCAGAAUUAUAUGAUGGGAUGGUUGUUGCUACCCACAAUUAUGCAAGUGAUGCUAUAUGCCCCAAAUCAAGGAAAUGGAUUAUUACAAUCUGGCACUGAGUCGAUGUCUAAUAUAGUACACAAUUUCUCCCUAUGGUACAUGGAAAGUCACGUAAGACGUAGCUGGAUGAUGUCCUUGUUAGUCAUACUUUAUAAGUACCAAUAUAAUCAACCAUCUCAUUCAGAUCAAAUGCAAAACAUGGUAAAAAUUGUUAUCAAUUCUUUGGACUCACAUUUUCAUCAAUGUCGAAGAAUACCUGCUACUGUGGUGAUGGAUAUGCCGAUAACACGUUCGCGAGAUUUCAGUCAGCCAUCACUGGCUGCAGAACAAGAAGAUAAACUACACGAAACUCCACCGCCAAGUCCUCUAUUCCCAUCGGAAGGACCUUCUCAUGGACACUAUCAUUCUUCCAAGCAAAAAUCGUCGAAGUCAAACACUUUGGGAUUUAAAAAAUAUCCCGAUUCAAGUUUGGAAACUGACGAUACAGAAUCAGAACUAGUGGCUAUUCCAGAAAGUGAUCUUUCCGAUAGCACACUACAAGGAAGCAGUGCACCGGGUUCAUUUGAUGAUACAAUGUAUUUUGAUGACGUCUGUGCUCCAAUGAAGUCAGAACUGGGCCGAAAAAAAACUGGUCAUGUGACAACCGCGAAUUUAACAACAGCACAAGUCGUAAUAUCAACUAUAACAACAGGAGAAAAGGAUAACAAGUUAGAGUUAUCUAGGAAAUUACAAAAAAAUAUAUCUUCUAGUGGAAACGACAAUUUUUCUGCAGAUCAGAGUGAAAACACAGCAAUUAACCAAAAAAUGGUGUCCACACAAAAAUGUUCCGUUCAGGAAGGCGUCCGAAUGAUGGUAACAUCUUCAAUGCUUGGCCAACCGAAAGCUCAAGCUAUACUCAAUCCUUCGGCAAACGUACAAAAAGCGAUUGUAGUAACUCAAAACGUGUCGGGUCCUAUUACCAAGUCAAAAGAUGUGACUGUGUUGGAAUUGUCUAGUUGUUCUGCACAACAACCAACAAAAUCAACUGUGAAUAAAUUGAACAACAUCCAAUGUAGCAAGCCAGAAACGAGUCAAAUUGAUUCAUCGAGUUGGAGUGAGGAAAUAUCAAUAUCGCCAACGAAAAAAGCUCUUGGGCGACAAAAACGAAUAAUUGAACCAAGUCUAACACCAGCUAGCACACCAAUAUCAAAUAAUGGUACCCCUCAGUGUAUAGGAGAUGAAGUAUCGAAAAAUUUUCACAAAAAUCAUGUCAAACACUUUGAGGAUUCACUCAACUAUGCUUCACCAGAAACCCCCCUUUCCAAAAUGAAUCUAAUGAUAUCACCCUCAGCAGAAACAGAAGAGAGCCAAUUGAGCCCGAAAAGUAUUGCCCAACUGGAAAUUCCGACGCCUGAACGAUUGCUACCUAUUGGACAACAUGGCAACGAAGGGAUUUCCGCGUUAGUUGAUAAAGUCAGAGAAGUUCUCACAAUUCCUGCCAUUAAUCAUUUAAAAUAUGGCAGUUUCAAUAAAUCAGACAGUCUUGAAGGUAAUAAGAAUGAUGUGGUCAUUAGUAGUCAAGGAACUUCACCGCGUAAAUUAAUCAAGCAAGUAGCCCUUGAAUACCCAUCUCAAGUACCAGAUGUACACAAUACAAGAAAUGUGCCAAACGAUACCAAAAAUGAAACAUCAAAUCGUGAAAAUAUAGGUAAACAGCCAAGACAGCGGUUACGGAAAGUUGGACCAUUUGCGAUCGGAUCAAUCAGUAACAACGAAAUAAGAAUGGGAUACGCUGGGAAUUGGAUUCCUUCCAAUAGGGACGAUUCUGAUAGAGAGGAUGCUAACCUAGGAAAUAAUUUGAACUUCGAGAAACCUAGCGCUUCAAGAAUCGGGGAUGAAUGUGUAUGCGAAAGAUGUUCAGAAUGUGGUGCUAUCAAAGAGGAAUACACAGACGAGGAGAUGGGAAUUAUGUUGGUACUACUUAGUACAUUCAUACACCGAGAACCCACGUUGGCAGCACCUUUUCUACCAGAAAUUUUAACUAUUGUGUCGAGGGUGGCUCUUCAUUCAACAUAUCCGUGGCAAUGUGAAAGUACAACCCACCUACCAGGAGGGUCAAUGUCAGUAGCACAUCAGUUCAUACGUUGCGUUUUGCAUCAAUUGUCUCCUAACGGAGUAUUUUAUCAAAUAUUUCUUUCACAGGCUAAUGAGACCGUGCGCAGAAACUUCUUCAAGAGUAUUGUCAUUAGUCUCAAUGAUUUCAACGACCUGAGUCCAGUUAGUCCUGUGCAACUUUUGACAGAAACCCUAAACUCUAAAAAAACUCUACCGGCUGAUAUGCUAUCCAUUAUACUCAGAAACUUAUCCGAGUAUCUUCAAUGUGUUCCAGUUGAUAAUAUCAGCGGUAACACAUGGUCUAUUGCGGUACAAGGUAUUGAUAACCUUAUCCGACGGAUAAUUUUCAUACUUCAAAGCUUAGAUGAACCGGAACAUUUACUGCACAUUAUGAUUUCAAUGUUGAAAAUCCCACAGCUUUCCAAGAGUGUACUGGAACCGUUUUCUAAAGUCCUCAGUUACGCAAUACAAAACAUCCCAAUUACACACAAAAUUAUUGUAGAUUUGUGUUCUUUGAAUAAUCGAGCAUUUUUAAAAGAACGCGAUAAAAUGCAGUUGUGUAGACAAAUAGUAUUUGAACUCGUACAAGCACUUAAAUUCAAAACGAGUAUUCCAGACAACAACCUUUUGUUAUUAGUUGCUAUUCUGUUACACGACGCUGGCGGUGCUAUGUUCCCAGGCGUAAUCAACGAUUUACCGGAUGCGACGCUCUCACUUAACUGUAAUAUAGCAGAGUGCAUGCGGCAGACAUACUUGAAUGAUGUGAUAGAAUUUCUCGCUGAUUUCCACACGCUCAGCAAAAUCAAGAAUGUUAAAACCGGAACCAUCACUACGGGGCUUAGCGAGGAUACUCUAGGUGGAGUGCUGAAAGGAGCUGUGGCGCAGUACCUUGCUCUGGAACUAUCACGUGGAAACUCAAAGGACAGUCGUACUGUAUCGAGAUAUCUACCAUGGUUAAACAAUGCGCCAUCAUCUGUGCAACAAGGGCCAAAAGAAUUUACAGAAUGCGUCGGUCACAUGCGACUUUUGUCUUGGCUUUUACUGGGGUCUCUGACCCAUACUGCACUAAUGAAUAAACGUGGCGGAAACAUCGGACACCAUGGAUCGACAGUUCAUUAUUACCUUCAACAUCCUGUCAAUACUGUUACCCAACCUGUACCACAAGAAUCCAGCUGUCACAUUGCAGAUCACAUUCAAGUCAUAUUUGCUGGAUUUGCUGAACAAUCUAAAACAUCUGUGUUACACAUGUCCUCACUGUUUCAUGCCUUCACAUUGUGUCAACUAUGGACUCUUUACCUGGAACAAAUUGCCUGUGCGACAACGCCAUCUACAGAAUCUCAUAACGUCACGAUGGCAAUCUUAUUUGAAUUCUGGGCUAAAGUAACACCAUGUAUAUUGCAGUUGGUUUCACAUUCCAAGCUUUCGGAAAGUGUUAAUCUGCAUUUCCUCAGCUUGUUGGAAGCCCUCAAAGAAACUCGCUCAACCAUGCUAGCAAAGCUACUGCCCUUAUGGACUCCUGUGCUGACAUCCAAUGCCCAACUAUCCGGCACACUUCAUGUGCGUCUUCAGAACUGCCGUGACGCUGUUCCAAACGCAUCUGACCAAGAAUGCCAUGCUUCUGAAGCAUUACUAAAGUGGCUACAACGUCUACAGUUCAAAAUGGGUCAAAUCGAGCUGCAAUCGUCAACAGCAACACAGUUCUACUCUAUAUAAUGGAAAACGUCUUUCUGUUGACAUUUACAUUAGCCACAUUGGAAUAAUACAAAUCAUCUGGAUUCUA